AUGAUAUGGGAGCUUGGUACAUUGAAUCUUGGGCCAGUGAAAGCCUUCAAUAUAAUGAGACAAAGAUACGGAGGUUUUGAAAAUGUUGGCGCAACUAAAGACGACUGCAAGAAUUUUAGUUCUAGGAUACAUAGCUACAUAGGAGAGUAUGAUGCAGAUAUGGUUAUCAAUAGGUUGAACGAUAAAAAGCAGUUUAUGGUUGAUUGUUCAUUUGUACAUUCAGUCGAUGAAAACAAACGAUUAACUGGCUUGUUUUGGGCCGAUGGUUUGUGCAAGCGUAACUAUGCCGAGUUUGGAGAUGUCAUAUCGUUUGAUGCUACAUUCAAAACCAACAAGUAUAAAAUGCUGUUUGUACCCUUUACUGGUAUUAAUAACCACUGUCGAAAUGUGACGCUUGGAGUCAGGUUGCUAGCAUCCGAAAGCACUGAAUCAUACAAGUGGCUGUUACAAUCAUUUUUGGACUCAUUUGGUAAGCAGCCGAAGGUGGUCGUCACUGAUCAGGACCCGGCGAUGAAACAAGCUAUCGAGGCAGUGUUCGAUAAGAGUAGGCACAGAUUAUGUAUGUGGCACAUAAUGAAGAAAGUUGCCGAUAAGGUGGGACAUGAGUUGUGUAACAACGAAGACUUUAAAAGACGUAUGUGUGACAUUGUAUGGACUGAUUCGAUCACGCCAGAAACGUUUGAGAGAGAAUGGAAACUGAUAAUGAUUGAAUUCGGUCUAACCGAGAAUAAAUGGAUUGACGAUAUGUUUGGCAUGAGAUCUUCGUGGAUUCCAGCUUUCUAUCGUCAUGAGCCUAUGUCUGGGCUCAUGCGGACCACCUCCAGAUCAGAGAGCGAAAACCAUUUUUUCUGUCAGGUGGCGAAUUCUCAACUUACCCUUGUUGAGUUUUUUAACCAUUUUGAUGGUGCAAUGGAUGUGCAAAGAUUCAACCAUUGGAAAAAUGACCAUAUUUCUAGAAAUACAACCCCAAAUAACUGCUCUCAAACUACCUUAGAGGAUGAUGCUAUGAAAAUUUACACCAGGUCCAUUUUUACUGAUCAACAGGCAGAGUUAUAUGGAACACUGUCUGAGUGCCUUCCUAUGGAGACUAAAAUCGAGGAACCUUUCUUGAAGAUAAGUAUGAAGGACUGGAAAGCCCACGGUGACGGCUUAUUAGAGGUUUGUUUCAAGAAGGGGGAGGAUGUAAUUGCAUCAUGUAGUUGUCGCAGGUUUGAACAAUAUGGAUUGUUGUGCAAACAUAUAUACUUUGUGUUCAAGAUGUUCAAAGUUAAAGAAAUUCCUAACAAGUACGUUAUGAGAAGAUGGAGCAAAGACGUGGUACCGAAUGAUCUAAAUAACACAUUUGAUUUAAGUGUUGAUAAUAAUGAUGGCCAUAAAAAGGCUAAAGAGGUUGUGUAUGAGAUAAUGCAGACCGGAGAGUAUCUUAUUGGUAACUUGAUGAGAGAUUUUGAUCAUCUAGUUAUAGUUAGGGAUCGGAUGAGGGAGAUGAAAGAAAUGGUUGAUGAACUUCGCAUAACUAAGCCCAUCGACCCUAAGUUUGAUAGAUAUUCAAGGUUAAUCGAUUAUGAGAAACCGAACACUGAUGUUCCACCUACAGUCCGUGUGCCAACAGGGCAAGCUAGUGUUGCCGAUAAGAAAGGGAAGAAAAGAAGAGUAAUUCAGUUACAGACUGAUCAUGGUUUAGUAGACGAAGAGGACGAGGAGACAGAAACCGGUGAGGGAGAUGAGGAGUAUGAGGAGGUUGACGAAGCAGAUGAUAGUGAUUCUGAAUGGGAAGAGCUAGACGACGAGUAA